AUGGUUGCAAUCUCUGCAACCCUCCCUACCAUUUACCGCAAUUCCCUUACAGCAUUGUCUGGCCUCAAGCCCAACUAUCGCCUCAUCAAUCUCGGAAAUUUCAGACCCGAACUCUCGGUAAUCAUCAAGAACAUGGAGUACGACAUGUCGACUUUCAAAGACCUCGAGUUCCUCUUCACUUGGUCUAUUGACCCUCGACACCCCGCCACCAUUCCCUCCUGCAUCAUCUACACCGACGACAUUGAUCGCCUGACAGCGAUGUUCUGGUGGUUUCGCGGUAAACUACGAGAGCAGGGCCUGCCCAUACAUUGGGUAGACCUCAUUCACGCAGGGCUUUCUCGACACCAUCAAGAAGCGAGCACGAGACGUUUCCGCGAUGGACAAACACGCAUUUGGUUGGGAACCGAGAAGAUAGGACCUGGUGUCGAUGUUGCGCAUGUCACUCUUGUCAUCCAGUAUGGAUGUCGCGGCUUGACACUCGUGGGUUGGGAACAACGGCGUGGCCGAGGCGCAAGAAGCACUGGCACCUAUGCCAUCGGAGUUCUCCUUGUCGAGAAGUCGAUGGCUGAUGGCCAGCUGACAGUUGCUUCUCCUGGGUACGAGGACCCGGGACUCCUUCAACUCGUUCGUUCACCACCAACCACCUGUUACGAGCAAAUUGUUCUCUAUCUCCUCGAAGACCCUCGCCAUAACCCAGAUUUACGUUGUGGCACGCGCUGCUCCAACUGCAAACCGGAGCUGAUUGCCCUUGUCCGCUCGUAUACGUGGAUCUCUGUCGAUCCAGGGACGUCGAGGGCUAUGGCAUCGGCAUCGGCAGCACUCGCCGCCCCUACAGCUGCGCAAAUUGCAGCGACAUUGGCCCGUUUGAAGGAGUGGAGGUUUAGGCAUUGGGAGGAGAGUUGGAAGGAGCAGUGGUUCUCGUAUGGUCCAGACGAUCUGAUCGAUGACAGGGACCUUCAAUCGCUAGUAAAAUCGAUCCACAACAUCACCACUCUCGACGACAUCUAUCAGCGAACGCAGAUCCCGCAUUUCGAAGAAAUUGCGCCCAGGUUGCUUCUGGAAAUCGAGAACAUCCGGCGCAACAUGUACGGAGAACUCGCCGUCACUGCCCACGCAUCUACGCCAGCGUUAGAGCAACCUCAAGGUCCUCAACCAUCCCCAAACCUGCAGGAACCGCGGUACGCGCAGAUUCGCUGGGUUGACACAGUUGACACGCAAGUCGAACCAACACCCGCCCAUCCUCGCAUCAUUUCACCGUCAAUUCAAGCUGCUCCUUCAAAACCGACUAGAAAUCAAUUUCGCAUGCAUCAGCUCUAUCCUGGCGAACAAGUUCUCUCAUUUAAUACGCCCUAA